CUGGCAACAAUGGCAUAUGAUCGGUAUGUGGCCAUAUGCAAACCAUUACUUUAUCCAGUCAUUAUGUCCAAUACCCUGUGCAUCCGGCUGAUACAUUUGUCAUUUUUAGGUGGCCUUAUUCAUGCCAUAAUUCAUAGUUCUUUUUUAUUCAGAUUAACCUUCUGUAAUUCCAGCACAGUACACCACUUUUACUGUGACAUUAUACCACUGUUUAAGAUUUCUUGUACUGACCCUUCUAUUAAUUAUCUGAUAGUAUUUAUUUUCUCUGGGUCAAUACAAGUAUUUACCAUUUUGACUGUUCUUGUCUCUUACACACUGGUUCUCUUUACAAUCUUAAAAAAGAAGUCUCUACAAGGCAUAAGGAAAGCCUUCGCCACCUGUGGAGCCCAUCUCUUAUCUGUGUCAUUAUACUAUGGCCCCCUCCUCUUCAUGUAUGUGCGCCCUAGAUCUGCACAGGCAGAUGGUCAAGAUAUGACGGAUUCUCUAUUUUACACUGUUAUAAUUCCUGUGUUAAACCCAAUGAUCUAUAGCCUGAGAAAUAAGAAAGUCAUAGAUGCACUGAGAAAAAUGUUAAAGAAGACUUCUUAG